UACAACAAUUCAAAAAAAUAAUAAAAAAGACUUCCGUUAUCGCCCAGUCGGUAAAACAGAAAUCGUUGUGAUUCUUUGUCAGUUGAUUGACAGUUUGCGCCCCUGCAAGUAAUUUUAUUCUUUUCAAAAGAAAUCAACAGCAAUUAAGGCACGAUGUCCGACAGCGUCAGCAAGGCAGCGAAGCCCCAAUUGCGCGGUCUUUUGCACAGCCAAAUCAAGAGGAACCUGAUUGUUGCGAUCGGAAUGUGCGUUACAGCAGCCGUGGCCCAAAAAAUAUUCGUUAAUGACCACCGCAAACAAGUCUACGCCGACUUUUACAAGAGCUACGAUAUUAACAAGGAGUUCAACAGGAUCCGGAACAAGGGCUUGUUUGACUCGUGCGAGCCGGACCAUUAGACGGUGCCGGUGGUGCAAACAGUUAGAUCUGAGAUGAGAUUGUAGGUUUAAUUUUGUUUAUUUGAAAAUAAAAGUAUCGUAAAAGUUG